AACCCGUAUUCAGUCAUAAAUAUUUCACCAAUCCAAGAAAAGGAUCAUUCCUCAUCACCAGAACCCAAUCCUCAAGAUGAAAAUGCAAGCCCUAACUUGUCUGGUGUAUAUUCUGUUCCGGUGCCCUGUGGCUAUGCUGUACCAUCCAAUUUACCACUGAUGCUGCCGGCAUAUUCCAGUCCUGUCAUAAUACGCAGUGUUUCUGUGGAUGAAGAAGUGGGUAUGCAGUCAGUAACUGAAGAUGGCAAUAGUAAUUCCUUGAGCUCAGAGGAUCCCCCAAAUAGUGAAGAUAACCAGGUCAGUAAAGAAGAAGAUGCUCUAGCCAAAUGGGUUGCAGAUCCUGCAAACACAUCAUGGAUGGAAAACCCAGAUGAAGUAAUUUAUGACGAUGUGCCAAAAGAAGAUUCAGACACUGAACCAGAGGAAAUGAUUUAUGAUGAUGUUGAAAAUGGAGAUGAAGGUGGAAACAGCUCCCUAGAAUACGGAUGGAGUUCAAGUGAGUUUGAAAGCUAUGAAGAACAAAGUGACUCAGAGUGCAAAGAUGGAAUUCCCAGCUCCUUUUUGCGAGGCAACCACAAAAGACAUAUGCAAAAGCUGAUGAGGGCUGCCAGGGAAGGUACCAAAGAUGGCUACGAAAAGACUAAAGCAGCUGUGAAGAAAGGUCGGUCAUUCAUCAGAACCAAAUCCUUUAUUACCCACGAUAAUAAAGCAUCCUGUCUGGAAGAAGAGGAACUAAAUUUAUUUAUUGAUGUUGACUGUAUGCAUACAGAAGCAAUUAUGACUCCUAUGCCUGAAGGAUUAUCACAGCAACAGGUUGUGAGAAGAUAUAUUCUGGGCUCUGUGGUUGACAGUGAGAAGAAUUAUGUGGAUGCUCUCAAAAGAAUUCUGGAGCAAUAUGAGAAGCCUCUCUCAGAAAUGGAACCAAAGCUACUGAGUGAAAGAAAACUCAAAAUGGUCUUUUAUCGUAUUAAGGAGAUUCUUCAGUGCCAUUCAAUGUUUCAGAUAGCACUGGCCAGCCGUGUCUCUGAAUGGGAUUCUGUUGAAAUGAUUGGAGAUGUCUUUGUUGCUUCAUUUUCUAAAUCCAUGGUUCUAGAUGCAUACAGUGAGUAUGUAAAUAACUUCAGUACAGCAGUGGGGAUUCUCAAGAAAACAUGUGCCACGAAGCCUGCCUUUCUAGAUUUUUUAAAGCAAUGCCAGGAGUCGAGCCCUGAUCGAAUUACACUCUAUGGUUUAAUGAUGAAACCCAUACAACGCUUUCCACAGUUCAUUCUUCUGCUUCAGGAUAUGUUGAAAAAUACUACUAAAGGACAUCCUGACAGGCUGCCACUGCAGAUGGCUCUUACAGAGCUCGAAACAUUGGCAGAGAAAUUAAAUGAAAGGAAAAGAGAUGCAGAUCAGCGCUGUGAAAUAAAGCAGAUCGCAAAAGCCAUGAAUGAACGUUAUCUGAACAAGUUACUCAGCAGUGGAAACCGAUACCUAAUACGGACUGAUGAUAUGAUAGAAACAGUUUACAACGAGAAAGGAGAAAUUGUCAAAACCAAAGAACGACGACUCUUCAUGCUGAACGAUGUAUUGAUGUGUGCAACAGUGAGUGCACGCUCUUCGUAUGAAAGCAGUGGCAUCAUGGCAACUGGCCUAAGGUAUUUAUUAAAAUGGAGUGUGCCACUUGGACAAGUGGAAGUAAUAGAAUAUGGCAGCAGCGAAGGCCAAGGAGAGAACUGCAGAUUCCCACCUCAGCACUCAGCCGAGAAUGUCAUCGUUAAUGUUAAGCCAAACAAACUUUAUAUGGGACCAGGACAACUGUACCAUGAUUUGCAGAAUCUUUUACAUGAUUUGAAUGUAGUCAGUCAAAUUAGUCAACUGAUAGGCAGUCUUAAAGGAAACUAUCAGAACUUGAACCAGUCAGUGGCCCAUGACUGGACAUCAGGUUUACAAAAACUUGUAUUGAAAAAAGAAGAUGAAAUCAGAGCUGCAGAUCGCUGCAGAAUUCAGCUGCAGCUUCCAGGGAAGCAGGACAAGUCUGGGCGACCAACUUUCUUUACUGCAGUGUUCAAUACAUUUACUCCUGCUAUCAAGCAGUCUUGGAUCACCAAUUUACAAAUGGCAAAGCUUGCUCUUGCAGAGGAGAACCUCCUGGGGUGGUUCUGUGUAGAAGACGAUGGGAAUCAGAUCAAAAAAGAGAAGCAUCCUCUCCUUGUUAGACACAUGCCAGUAACGGUGGCCAAACAACAGGAAUUUAAGAUUGAAUGUGCUACUUAUAAUCCUGACCCUUACCUCUGUAGCGAAACUGAGUCAGAUUCCUGUUCCAUGGAGCAUGGUUUUCUGUGGAUCGGCAGUUGCACUAAUCAAAUGGGCCAAAUUGCAAUUGUUUCAUUUCAAAACUCCAGUCCCAAGGUUAUCGAGUGCUUCAAUGUGGAAUCCCGCAUUCUCUGCAUGGUCUACAUUCCAGAGGAAGAGAAACAGAAAGAGUUAAAUGUGGCUCCAGAGUCUGAAAAUAUGGCUACGAAAACCUUACAAGUGCCUACUGUCUGCCUGGGCAUGGAGGAAGGAAGCAUUUCUAUUUACAAGAGUCAUCAAGGCUCCAAGAAAGUCCGACUUCAGCACUUCUUCACCCCAGAAAAAUCAACGGUCAUGAGCCUAACGUCUCUGUCGCAGUACUUGUUUGCUGGUCUGGUUAAUGGGAACAUUGCAAUCUACACAAAAGCAGAAGAUGGAGCCUGGAAUUCAGAACCCCAGAAAGUAGUGAAAUUAGGGGUUCUGCCAGUUAGAAGUCUACUCAUGAUGGAAGAUACCAUUUGGGCUGCGUCUGGUGGACAAAUUUUUAUAAUCAGUACUGAGACACAUACAGUAGAGCGCCAUUUUGAAGCUCAUCAAGAAGAAGGGAUGGUGAUCUCACACAUGGCUGUUGCAGGAGUGGGAAUCUGGAUUGCCUUCACAUCUGGAUCUACACUCCGCCUGUUCCACACUGAGACACUGAAACACCUCCAGGACAUUAACAUUGCCACUCCUGUUCACAAUAUGUUGUCAGGACAACAACGUGUUUCUGUGACCAGUCUGCUGGUGUGCCAUGGAUUAUUGUUAGUUGGAACAAAUCUGGGUAUUAUAGUAGCACUACCAGUGCCUCGUUUGCAAGGAAUUCCAAAAGUAACGGGAAGGGGAAUGGUAUCCUAUCAUGCACAUAAUGGCCCAGUCAAAUUCCUUGUAAUGGUUACAGCUGUAAACAAGAAAAACAAAAGCAAAUCAAGAAACAGUCUGCCUCCUAACUCCGAAUCUAAAGAAGAUGACCAAAAAAAUGUCCAGCACAAUGACAGACCAAGCUCUUCCCUAAGUAACACUCAUGACACGGCAGUGUGGCUAGGUGGUUCAGUAGGAUCCAUUGCACAAAGAAGUGACAUGUCUUCAUCUUCUGGGUCCCUAACAUUGUCUCAUGGGUCAAAUUCCCUAGAACGUAGGCCGGAGGACAGCACCAUUUAUGAGCUCUUGAAGGAUCAAAACAUCUCACUUAAAAAUAAAAGACAGCGAUCCAGGAAAAUGAAAGCAAGUUCAGUAUUAGUCAUCUCUGGAGGACAAGGACAUAGAAGGGUGAACAAGAAGUCCAAGCAGCAGCGACAGGAUGAACUGGUAUCUUCUGUGAUGGUUUGGCAGAUUCCACUAUUAAACAUCUAA